AUAGCUAUAACCCUGAAACGUUAAUAUUAGGAUUCCAAAUCAAUAUGUCUCAAAUGCCAAACCAAUCCUGAAACCUAGCUAGUAUGAUUCUAGCUUGGGGUUUGGGGAUAGAUGACAAGAAUGAGAGUCAAAUUUGGAAGGAUGUAUUUUAAGUUUUUAACUAGUGAAUUGAGUAGUGUCGGCACAAGAGAAUUGUCAUUUCUGAGGAUCGUAAUAAAUGUGAAAUGACCAUUUUCUUGUGCUUUGGUUACAUAUGUUUUCAAGUACUUCUUUGUUUGUUUGUGAAUCCCCUUGAUAGUUGGCCUAACUGUGGACUUUAGCCCUAAUGGCCAUAGGCGACUAUUGCACCAUCUCAAAAGCUACAAGCUUAGAAGUUAGAAGAUAAGAUGUAGAAAGGUCAAUAUAGAAAGGUACAAUUAUUUACCUUCCACAAUAACAAUAAAAAAGACUUUUUCUUUGCCUAAAAAAUACGAAGCAUUAAAAAAAUGGAUCUCAUUCUCAUGUUGUGGAAUAAAUUAUCAAAUUAUGACCCCGCUAAAUGACUUUGAUUAAGAGAAACAAUACAAGAUCGAGAGUCUAAGCAGUAGCAUUUUAUCUACAAAGAGAUCAAGAAACAAAGCAAAACUCACACGACAAAAAAUAAAAUGACGAACAACUAAAUAGACGAUCAUGUUUCAUAAACCGCUAAAUGACCAACGAUACCAACACAACAAUCCUCCAAAAUUAUGCAUAUCUUAUACAACAAUAUUCUUCUUUUGACUUCCAAAAUAUCGCGAUUUCAACAUGGCCUGUUUAUUUUCAUUUCUGUUUUCUGUUUUUGAGAAAACAGAUGUUGAAAACAGGUGAAAACAACAAUUUGUCGUUUCCGAAAACAACAGGAAGUUGUCACUUUCUGUUUUCAUAGUUGGAAACGAAUAGAAAACGGAAUGAAAAGCAAACAAAUUUUUCCGUUUCGGUUGCCAAAUUUAAGACAUGAAAACAGAAAACAGGAAACGAAAAUGGAAGUGAAUGCUAGAGUACCACGGCCAAAAUUCCAGCAAGCAAUCAAGCAACGUAAGAAAUUAAGAACUAAAACGAUAUGCCAAAUUGCUUGUGACAUAAACCCAACCCAGCCCGCCAUGACAAUCUCGAGGCCCAUUUAUAGCGAGCCUAGUAAACUAAUCUCCACCCUCUUUAUAAUUUCGGCGAGGCCCAAUCCCAUGUUGAAUCCCGCGAAGUCCAGCCCAGUUUCUGCAUUCAGCUCCCGGAUUCCAGAAAUUCCUACCUUCACUUGCCGGCGGCGGGUUGGGGAGUCGGUGCCGCGUUUUUUCUCUGGAGCUGCAAGAUCAAUACAUCAAUGGCGUCGGAAGCCUACGCAUCGAGAAGCACUGAUGAAGUCCACACGGACGUCCUCUUUCAAGCCAGACAAGCGUGCUACAAGGCUCGCGAUGCUUUCUACGAUUGUUUGCAGAAGCAAUCGGACAAGAAACCGACGGAACUCGGCUGCGUCGGGCUCCUAUAUCCGGCCGAGUGCAAGAAAUCGAGGCUUGCGUACGAGAACAGCUGCCGGCCUUCUUGGGUGAAGCAUUUCGAUCGGCUGUAUUGUAAGGAGAAGAGGGUGCAGAGGCUAUUGGAUGACAAGGAAACCAGGGGAGGUCCGUUGGUACUUCCACAGAAAGGGGUAUAGAGCUUGGUUCAGGAUCAUCGCUAUGGUCAAGGUUUGGUAUUCAGGUUGAGUUCUGGGCCAAGUAAAGGAGUUCACUGCUUGCUCGCUCUCGCUCGCUCGCUUUGUGAUUGUGAUCUGAUUAUAUUAACCGUCUCACUCAAACUUAGAACAAUGCACUAUUGUUCUUGUGGUGAUGUAGUGGAACUAAAAACUGAAGCAUGUAGCUGUCGACUGUUGUUCUUAAUCGAUUUACCGUCUAUAGUCUGUGGUUCACACUUGUUUCUGGUCUGAUUACUUUUCAAUGCUUACUAGAGUAGUCUUUACAAACAGGAAGGAACUUUAGAAACUACCAUUUCCAGUUCUGAACUUCAGAAACUACCAUUUCCAGUUCUGAACUUCAAAGUAGAACCUGUGUUUGAACUUAUGACUUAUGAGCAGUGAAACUUGUCUAAACCCACAAAAUUCUGGGUAGGUGCUGCUUCAAUUCUGUAGGGUUUUCAUGAAACUACCCUCUUGAAAUUGCUUGAAUCUCAAGAGAUUGAGGGAAUGCUGCAACCUUUCCCUCCAUGAAUUCUCCUCAACCCCCAGAUGGAUGUUAGAAAGUCUUGAGAGUAAAUUUGUCAACUUUCCCUUUCAAGGAGGCUUUAUUAUAAUGGGGAUUUGGUGAUAAUAAUACCAGCCUGAACCUAACAGCUUCUUUUGAUUCCAUCUGCUGCACUGAUUGAGCUCUGAUCUUGAUCUGAUUCACUCUGCCUUGCGAGGAAAUGGCAUGGGCUUACUACUAUAAAGCCUUUUGUUUAAUCCCCCAUAUGCUGAAAACUUUGUGGGGAGCAAGUCACUUAAUUCUCCCAUGUGCCUUUCUGCAGUGUUAAUUCUCAUUUCUGAACCUUAAGAUCUGCUGCAAUUCUUAAACAAAUGGUUCCAAUUCUGAUACACCAAAACUUCAUCACAUUCUGCCAGAUUCAUUCUGCUGGCUGAAGGGCUUAUCCAAAUGACUUUCUUCUUCUUCUUUGAACAGCUUGCCACGUGGGGAGAUGGGAGGGGGAGAGUGACAGGUAGGACAGAGCAAGGUUUCUGAUGGAGUGAAUCUGUUGUCUUAACCACCUAGUUUGUUUAUAAUUAGUGGCUACAAAUCCAAGCAUUGUGGUUAAUUAAUUGUGAUUAGUUGGGGUGGGGUGGGGGGUCAAAACAUUAAACUAACUGGAUAUAUGCUUGACGCAUAUGUUCGAGAUUAUACUGUCAAGAACCAGUUGUUCCCAAUAACUCGAGUUGUUGGGAGAAGAUUAUGCUGCAUCUUAUACCAUUCUCUAACACGCCCUCUCAAACAAAAGUCAAUCCAUAGGCUUGAAGUUUGCACAGCCCGCCAUACUAUGUGCUUGAAUACAAUGGUUAAUAUUUGGGGUCGUGGACAUUCGAACACACAACCACUUGUCAAACUAGCUCUGAUACCAUGUCAAAAAUCAAUUGGUCUCAAUAACUCGUUGGGAGCAACUGGUUCAUGACAAUACCUAUCAUCAUGAAUAUCUGAUAAACGAUAAUUUUAAUAUUAUCGACAACCACCAUAAAAUUUUUUCAUAUAAUUAUGGAUUGUGAUCCCUAUGCCUUGACAUCCUGAACCACACUAUAGUGGUAAUUACUAAUUACUUCUAACCAUGAUAUCUUAUUUUACUUCAGCACUUAGCUUCUCUUUGGAGAAAUACAUUGGUAAAACGGAA